AUCCUCUCAGUCAGCAACAUUAAUGGGGCCAUGAGGCAUCCUGCUCAUGUCCUCCAUGCUUAGGUAGAGGGGGUAUUAGACAGUAGUAAUGCUGGACGCACUGUCUGCUCUGUAGUCUGGGGGGAUCAACAUGGGGAGUACUAGGAAGGCGGUCAAUGUAUGGAACAGGAGACAGAGUCUCUUCCCCAACUACAAAGUCACAGAUUCAGAAAUUAAUCGAAGACCAUCUGAGAUUGUUUACCCUCUAGCCAAGGAAAGCUGCGUGAAGACAUGGAACUCUAUGCAGGAGCUAAGCAGGGACAUCUAUGACAUUUACGCCGAGUAUGAGGAUGACGAUGACGACAAUGCUCCAUACAGCUUCUCCAAGCAGAUUUCACCCUCCAAGAAGAACUAUAUGAUCAACAUUAAUGUCGGGGGGAAGCCCUACCAGAUCGCUUAUAAGAUGGCUGCCAAGUACCCAAAGACCAGAAUAGGACGACUGGCCACCUACACAGACCACAACAUGAAGCUGGACCUGUGCGACGACUACACAGUGACCAACAAUGAGUAUUUCUUUGACAGGGACCCGGAUGUCUUCCACAGCAUCUUCAACUUCUACAGGACGGGUGUUCUCUGGAUCAAGGAUGAACUGUGUCCCCGCAACUUUCUGGAGGAGAUCAACUACUGGGGCGUGAGGAUCAAGAACACCCACCGCUGCUGCCGCAUCUCCUUCGAGGAGAGGCAGGACGAGCUGAACGAGCAGCUGAAGAUCCAGAGGGAGCUGGAAGCUGAGGUGGAGAUCGAGGAGAAUGAGGAGCUGUUUCAUGACAUGUUCAUGGGGCAGAGGCGCCGAGCCAUCUGGAACCUGAUGGAGAAGCCGUUUUCAUCUAUCAAGGCCAAGCUCAUGGCUGUGGCCUCCAGCCUGUUUGUCCUGAUCUCCCUGGUGGCCAUGACUCUCAACACUGUGGAGGAGAUGCAAUACAAAACAGCUGCAGGCCAGCUCAGUGGCAAAACCUACUGGGAAUAUGUGGAGUCCAUGUGCAUCGCCUUCUUCACCACGGAGUACCUGCUGCGUCUCAUUUCCACGCCUGACCUCAGAGCCUUCAGCAGGAGCGUCCUCAACACUGUGGACCUCAUCGCCAUCCUGCCUCAGUAUCUGCAGGCCAUCCUGGAGUUCUUUGACAGCGAGGAAAACUAUAUGAAGCACGAGGCCGACAUGCAGGCGGUGGGGCAAGUGGGAAAGCUGGGGCAAGUGUUGAGGAUCAUGAGAUUGAUGCGAAUCUUUCGUAUCUUGAAGCUGGCCAGGCACUCCACAGGUCUGCGGGCGUUUGGUUUCACCCUGCGUCAGUGCUACCAGCAGGUGGGCUGCCUCUUCCUCUUCAUCGCCAUGGGCAUCUUCAGCUUCUCCGCCAUGGUUUACACUGUGGAGCACGACAUGCCGCAGACGAACUUUACCAGCAUACCUCACGCCUGGUGGUGGGCAGCUGUCAGUAUCUCCACCGUGGGCUAUGGGGACGUCUACCCAGAAACCGUGCUGGGUCGCAUCUUCGCUUUCAUCUGCAUCGCCUUUGGAAUUAUCCUCAACGGUCUGCCCAUUUCCAUCCUCUUCAACAAGUUCUCGGACUAUUACUCCAAACUCAAGUCCAACCAGUACACAGCCUCCCUGAAGCAGAGAGGGAAGGUGAGAUUUGCCAAGAGGACGGUGAAAAGGCUCGGACACUGCUUUGGAAAUGGCCACUGUCAUCCAAACUGAUUUAUUGUGUUUUCUUUUUAUAUAAUGAAGAGUGAUAUACUUGACUGUAAAGCAGUGCAAAUAUGUAUGUGAUGGGGACAAAGAAAUGGAACAGGCACACAAGAAAAAUCCCACAACUGGUCUCCAGUAAGUUGAGAGAUUUUGUGAGGGAUCACAAAAGAACAUGAGGAUCUACAACCUCUCCAAGCCAGGUAGUGGUGAAAAGGACAUAUGAUUUUCAAAGACCCCUACAAAAAAUGAAAAAUUACUGACAUACACUGACCAGGCAUAACAUUAUGACCACCUGCCUAAUAUUGUGUUGGUCUCCUUUAUGCUGCUAAAACUCCUCUGACCCAGUGGGACAUGAACACAGGACCUCUGGGGAUGUCCUGUGGCAGUGAAUUCUGUGGGUCCUACCUAGAUCAGGCGUGUCCUGGCACAUCCCACAGAUCCUCAGCAAGAUUUGGAUCUGGGGAGUGUGGAACCCGGGUGAACAUCUUAGCUCUGUCGCCACUCCUGAGCAGUUUUUGGGGUGCAUUGUCCUGCUGAUGGUGGCAACUGGCAUCAAGGACUGAUGUCACUAUGGGGGGGUUGGCGGUUACUUGACCUGCAAUGUUUAGGUGGGUGGUACAUGUCAAACAUCCACAUGAAUGUCAGGACUCAAGGUUUCCCAGCAGAACACCGCAUUAUAACAAGAUGAUCGACGUUACUCACUUCACCUGUCAGUGGUCAGAAUGUUGUGGCUGAUCGGUGUAUAUCUUUAUAUGUCCAUAUUGAAUGCAAUUUCUGUAAAAAUACUUUUAAAAUUCUUUGAUCAAAGAGUAGCGUGAAUUCAAGUUGUGUGCAAAAGCUGUCUUUAAAUGGUCACAAUAAUUUAAUAUGCAUCGAAUCAAACGAUGCAGCUUCAUAAAUGCGUGUUUCUCUCAACAUUUGUAACUUUUGUAACUUCUUAUUUUUCUUAAAAAGAUGAUCUUUUCCUCCUGAUUCUAAUUCCCAAAGUGAAAAAUCAGCAACCUUAUCAACCAGUCAUCCUACUGUUUGCAUGAAGAGGUGCAGUUUUACUGGUAGGUCUGGAACACUACAGAAUGACAGAAUGAGUCUUUAUAUCACCAGAGCAGCUUCAUGGCACAACUCCAUAGCAUUUAGGAAGAUGUACAUUUCAGAGGCAGCUCAACCAAAAAUCAGCACAAAUAUAACCUACAAAUGUUUCUCCUAACUCCAGCUGCAGUGUUUUAAAUGUGUGUUUACAAAAGGAGAUGUAUAAGUUCACUGCAGAGUUUGAUAAACCUUUUAAUACUGGUGCUGCUUCUCAUGUAUUCAAUAGUUCUGCCUACAGCGUAUGCAGUGUGAUUUAUUUGCUGUGCAGCUAUGUCACAUAAUGCAGUAUCUUACCCUAUUCUCAAUAAACACUGUUUUGCUCUUAAAAAGUCUCAUUCAGUAAA